CUCUUCAGCUCAAUUUGAAAUCGAAUCUCGUCCAAGAAUUGCAGUUGGUAGCUCACGGAUAUGGCGCACUUCCAGAACCAGUAUGAUAACACCCCGGUGCGGCAGACCGGUGAGUUCGGUAACCCGAUGCCCAUGACCGAUGAGUAUGGGAACGUAAUCCAGAGGACGGACGAGUUUGGAAACCCUAUCAGCCACACAGGCCAUCCUGGCGGAUAUGGGACUGCCCCUACCGGAUAUGGUGCUACGGGUGUAGGCGGUGGCCUCCACCAUGAUCAGCCUCACAAGGAACACCAUACCUUGGGUGGCAUGCUUCAUCGCUCCGGGAGCUCAUCGAGUUCUAGCUCGUCGGAAGACGAUGGGCACGGAGGGAGGAGGAAGAAGAAGGGGCUGAAACAGAAGGUAAAAGAGAAGCUGCCGGGCCAGCACGGAGGCGAAUACGACCGGUCCCAGGCCACCUCGACCACCACCCCUGGUGGACACUACACCACCGCCGAGCACCACGAGAAGAAGGGUGUCCUCGACCAGAUCAAGGAAAAGCUCCCUGGCCACCACGGCCACCACUAGUUGAUCAUGAUUUACAAAGUUAGCUUGAUCAAUCAUGUAUAUUGCUUGCUGGCCAUGUUUCGUCUUUUUCUUAGGAUAUACAUAAGUUUGUAGCUUAAAUUCCCUAAGUACGAUGACGACGCAGUAAUAAUAAGUUUAGUAGCUACUUUAUUAAUAGUUGUGAAAUUCGCCUUAAUGUCAUGCUUUUUUUUUUUAAGUUUUUUUUCCAACUUAUGAGUGUUUAACAUAUGUUAGAAUGGGUGUUAAAGAUUACUAGAAAUUAAGCCCGUGCGUUGCACAGGUUGUAUUAAGAAAAUUAUAUAAUAGAAAUAAUUAUAUUAAA